AAGAAAAAUGUGGCCAGUGUGUCUUUAUUUUCAGCACUUAGCAUACCAUCUGACAUACAGGAUUACGCGCAUUGAAGUAACUAUACUUAAUCUAAGUUCAGAAUUUAACCAAUUCUUCACUGAAAAAAAUCCAUUCAGAGUGGAUGUGGUUGUCCACGUCUGUGAUCCCAGCACUCCAGGGGCUGACAUAGAAGAAUGUAAAUUUCAAGGCUAGCCUGGGGUUGUUAAGAAGGCCCUGCUUCAGAAACAAACAAACAAUGAGACCCUUACAAAUGAUUCAUGUAACUGUCACUGAAAUGUUUGCUUGCUCUGCUGGAACCAAGAUGAACAGAAUUUCUCUUUUUACCGCCGCCACCACCACCUUUGUUCCUCUCCCCCUCCCCCUCUAUGCCUUCCUUCUCCUUUGCUUAGCUCUGCUUCUUCCUCAGGCUGCAGAGUAGGGAGGCAGGGCUGGAGAGGAAGUCAAGGAUGUCAUAGCAAGGGAGGAGGGUCUACAGGACAGCUAGUUUUACAGAGGAAAACUCAAAUCAAGCACCAAAGCACACAGCAAGAGGGAGGGAGAACAGGAAGGCAUUCCUCCGUGGCGCUGAGCUCUCAGAACAGUGAAGCUGUGCUUGGCAGUACCUCAGAGGCUGGAGAUUCCAGGUCACCAUGGCCAUGCCAGAAAAGUCAAGCGGUGCCAACCCAUCUGAGGAUUGCAGCAAUUUCCCUGAGAUUAUUGAACUCAAUGUAGGCGGCCAGGUGUACAUAACUCGCUACCCCACUCUCAUCAGUAUUCCCGGUUCCCGGCUCUGGGAAAUGUUCAGUGUGAAGAACCCUUGCUCACUGCUCCAGGACAACAAAGGGAGAUUCUUCAUAGAUCGAGAUGGCUUUCUCUUUCGUUAUGUCCUAGACUACAUGAGAGACCUGCAAGUAGUGCUUCCUGACCACUUCCCAGAGUGUGGCCGGCUCCACAGAGAAGCAGAAUACUUUAAGUUGCCAGAACUUGCCAAGAUGCUGGCUCUUAAAAUGAACAACCUCAACUCAGUUGUCAAUGACUCGUGUCCAAUUGAUGUAGAAGAGCUUUCCCCCAGCAUUGACGCCACUUUUAAUUUCUCUUCAGCUAAUAGCAUCCAUGUUAGUGGCCCUGAUAAUUCCGUAGUCCUCAGAGCUGCCACUGGUUCUGAGCUCAAAAAGUCUGGCUUCAUCACUAUUGGCUAUAGAGGCUCCUAUACUCUGGGCAGGGACAUCCAAACAGAUUCCAAAUUCCGCCGUGUGGCCAGAAUCAUGGUGUGCGGUAAGAUUUCACUAGCCAAAGAAGUGUUCGGAGACACUCUGAAUGAGAGCAGAGAUCCAGACCGCCCUCCUGAGCGAUAUACGUCUCGAUACUACCUUAAAUUCACUUUUCUGGAACAAGCCUUCGACAAACUAGCUGAUGCUGGCUUCCACAUGGUAGCAUGCAACUCCACCGGCACCUGCACUGCCACACAUGACCAAACGGAUGACAGGAUCUGGACCUCUUACACUGAAUAUGUUUUCUAUCGUGAGUGACCAUCAAAAUCAUCCAGGAAAUAAAAGCCCCCAAAGUUUCCCUCCUCUGUUCCCGUACCAACUGCAUCCUUUAGAAAUAGACACACUGAUCACUCUAGGCUCUUGAGUGUUCUGUAUAAUCUUGGACAAUGCCACGUCUCUCAUCAUAACCACUUGGACCUUUUGUUCUUAUGAGUCAUUCCAGUCUAUCUGCAUACCGACCUUCUCUGGACUGUGGAGUGGAUGCCAUUGAAUGAAAGCUGUGCAUCAACAUAGAGAGUAGAGGUAUAUAUUUCUGGAGCGAAUGCAGUUAAAUAUAACCACGGAAUUAAAACUGCUGAGAAAUAUUAAGCCAUGGCUUCCAAGCUGUUUCUUCGUAACGCACAUUGAACUUGACUAUGUACCUUGCUGUGUGUAUUCACUUAGAUGAAACUCUGCAUCGCUGAGCAACAGAUUACAGUAGGAAGUGUGUACGUGCUUUGCAGACAUCUUACCCUGCUGAGGAGACGAACUUGACAGCAGUCCUCCAGGAGGUUCAUAGAAAGGCCGAGCAAUUCCAGAAUGACUGAGGACUUCUAAUAGAUGCUAGACAAACAAUUGUACGACGAUUAUUCCUAAGAAUAAAAGGCUUAGUUAGCACUUAAUUUGAUUUCACAAGAAGAAGAUAGUAAGGAGGUGUAUCAUAGCUAUUACCUCUGUCAUAAGCAGCAGUGCCAUUAAAAAAGCUAUCUUAAAAUAUCUUUCAUUAGAAUUAAAUGCAAGCAGGGAAGAGAAUGAUGGGCAAAAGGUUGCUUUGUGUAAGUAUAUGCAUGCAUUCAUUAGUUGACUUUCACUAGUCCAAUAAUUGGCUGUGCCUGUCAGUUGUUAGCUUGUUUACGUUUUUUCACAGGGUGUGGGUGUGUGUUUUGUUUUCCUGGAGGUGGGGAUGGGAGAAGGGGAGAACAAAGGGAAAACAAGAAAAGAACUUUAAAAAAAAGGCACAAAAACAAAACCCUGAAAUUCAUCUUCUGCCCCCUUGGUGAUGACUUUUUAAGCAAACAGGUUGAAAGCAAGUGUUCCUUCUCAUAUGAAAACAUCCGGGAUCUCAGAUAAGUGAUUGAAUGAAAGGAUUACGAACCAAGUUAAGAAAGAGCUUUCUUGGGUUCAUUUCAGAGGAUCUCCAUCACCUUUUGAAAAGUUUUCCAGCAACUGCAGUCUGCUGGCCUUGUGUGUCCACUACCCCGCACACGCUACUCCACGCAUGCUACUCCGCACACGCUACUCCACGCACACUACUCAGCACACACGCAGUUUCCUCCACAAACAUUUAUUGUUGUCAAGGUCUUUUAACUCUUUUUCUAGUCAGGUCUUUUUGAGUUGCAAAGAACUAAAAACCACAUAAAGUGGCUUGGAGAAGAUUUAAAAGGAGGCUGGAGAGAUGACUCAGCUGUUAAGGGCACUGGCUGCUCUUCCACAGGACCCAGGUUCUAUUCCCAGCACCCACAUGGCAGCUCACAAUUGUAUAUAAGUCCAGUCCAGGGAUCUGAUAUCCACACACAGACAUACAUGCAGACAAAACACCAAUGCACAUAAAAUACAAAUAAAUAAAUCUUUUAAAAGAUUUUCAAAUGUGCAUAUAUCAGUGAUAUGGCCAGAUGAGCAUUUUAAGCUCACAUUUAUUUUUUUCUGUUGAGUCUAAAGGAAGGAGAUGUAGUCAAAUAAGGUCUCAGAGAGUCUGGAGAGCUGUCAAUAACAUAUAUUCUCUCUUGUCUCUCAAGUGCCACACGAUUUCCUCUGAUCAUCUCCGGAGUAUAUCAAUUUCACAUUUUUCCAUGCAGUUCGCUUUCUUUUCCAACAGUUUAGAGCUGGCCUAAACAGCACGUCACUGAACAUGAAUGCACAGGAUCUUCUCCAUUUUUUCUGUAGUUUAUUCUUUUUUGUUGUGGUUUUCUGUUUGAGUUUUUGAAACAGGGUUUCUCUGUAGCUUUGGAGCCUGUCUUGGAACUAGAUCUUGUAGACCAGGGUGGCCUUGAACUCACAGAGAUUUGCCUGUCUCUGCCUCCCAAGUGUUGGGAUUAAAGGCAUGCACCACCACCCAUCUGUAUUUCUUUAUACACAUAUGCAUGUAAAUAAAUAUAUAUGUAACAAUCAUAAUUAAAAGAUGAAAACAUUAUGAAUUUGGGAGGGUAUUGGGAGGACGCAGGAAGAGUUGGGGGGCGGGAGGGGUAGAAACAAUAUAAAUACAGUACUCGUGUAUGAAAUCUCAAAACAGAUUUUAAGAAUCUG